AUGAACGGCGGGGACGACAAGAAAGACAAGGCGAAUAUUUUAGGCGCCCGCGCCAACGGGAAAUCUUUCUUGCCAGUGUUUGCGACCAGCGGCGUUGCCGCCGCCGACGCGACCGCCAAACCCAACGGCGCGACAGGCAAGGAAAACACAACAGCAACGAUGGCCAGCGGCGCGCACUCACGAAAGCCGAGUGCGAGUUCGCUCUCAGAUGCCUUAUCACACUCGCCCGAUGCUUCGCGCAUUCCGCGACCUUCCUCUCGCGCGAGUCCUCAGACGCGUCGACCAUUUACCCUCGAUGAAGCCACCGAUUGGGCCAAGACCCGACUUGCCCAAGGCUCCCCCAGCCCAGCGCCCCGACCCACGCGCCCCGGCUCCGUGAGCUCUGAUCACAGGCCUCUACCACACAUGUUCUCCCAGAGGCCGAUCGAUUUGGGCCGUCUCGGCAACAGGCGCCCCGUCAACUCGGCCCGUCGGGAUGGGACCUUUAGCUCAAAGGACAGCUUUGGGUCCUCGUCGCGCAAGGGGGACGAGUCGGACAGUGAGAUCGAUCGCAAGCUCAAGCAGUUCGAGGAGGACGAGAAGAUCAUCAGAUCCAUGAAGGAAGACAAGAAGGGGCUAUUCAUCAAGCCCAAAUUCGGGGCCAAUGGUGCUGGUACCAACACCACACCGAGUCGAAGGACGAGAAAUAGCAGCCUCGGUAACAGCGGUGCGGACGGCAAGGAAUCGCGACAAUCGUGGGGUUUCGCCGAAACAGGAUAUGCCAAUCCCGAUUGGAUUCAACGCUUCAAAUCCGAAGAACAGGCUCUAGACUUCGCCCCUGGCCGACAAGCAAGGAUAGAGGGGUUUUCGAGCUUUGGAAGCCGCGUGGCAGGUCCGAAGGAGAAAGUGACAAGCCAGAGUCUACUGAGAUCAGAGGAAAAAGCGUCGGCGAUUCCACGGCCAGCCACAGUGGCCCCGAUUCAAUCUCCAAACAAGAGCUAUGCCUGGCAAGUUGACGAGGACUUCACGGCUGGGGACUUGCAGGUCUCCAAUAGCCCACCCUUGAGCUUCGGGCGUGCCAACACGAAAUUGGAUGAAAUUAGGAAGCUGGAGAUUGAUGCUGAGCUGGACCAUCCCGUUGAGAAUCAUCGGUUCGUGGCUCAGCGCACAAACACAAAACUCGACGAAAUCUUGCAGCGGGAGAGAGAAGCUGAGCGCAAAUACCCGAUUCCCAGGAUCGAAGAGCCAAGUGUAGAACCAGUUCACGUGCUUCCAAGGAGCGUCGAAAACAGGAGAUCGUUUACAUCGCCAAAAUCAACAAGACCCGAAGGCGAGUUUCACGGCUCACAAGGUAUUGAGGCCCCCACCGAGGAGGCCCCCGCGUCAACACAGUUGAAGGAGACCAUAGAACAACGACAAGAUGCCCGCUCGCUGUCCCCACGGGCCGAGCGCAACGUUAAUGGCGAGCAACAGCAUCAGACUAGGCCCCCUGUCAACCCCGAAUUCGAGACGCGACCAUACAACCACGACUACAAUGGCUUAGACGGAGAAAAGAUACCCGAUACACCUGUCACAAUCUAUAGAAAAACCUCUCCGACCCAGCCCACGAAUGAGCAGAACGGCCACAACAUGGGUACCACUUCCUCCUUGGUCGACCCCGCCAACGGUGUGUCUCGCGCAAAGGAAGAUUCCCAUGAUCUUCUCCGACGGUUGGCUAGGGCGUCGAGCAAGAGCCCAAGCCCCAGUCCUGCUCAGGAGAUAGCUGUGGACAAAGCCCCGCAAGAGAACAAGAGCGCGUUGCCAGUCUCAGGGAGUAAGGACAAGUCAGUAGAGGAACUUGCCACGAACGACACUGCAGCUGAAUCAAAUCGGUCUUCCGGCAUCAACAAACCAAAUGCUCUUGCCAAACCCACAGUUGGCUUUGCAGGUAUCUCUCGGUCCCCGUCCACUAAGAGUGUGUCAUCAACGCAGAGCAGAGCAUCAGCAGAUCCAACUGCACGGAUUGAGGGUGAGAUGAAGCUCUUCGCGCUCCUGGACAAUAUGUCUGAGCGAGGAUCAGUGCGGGCUCCGUCACCUCGACCGGAUGUCGAGUCUGAAUCCGAAGACGAGGAGCAAAAGGCAGACGAGACUCCUCGGCCCCCAAAGUUCGACCAAUUCGACCCUCUCUCUAUGCCUACUCCACAAGUCACGGGUGCCUAUGUCGAGACCCCCGUGACGGUCAAGACUGAACAGCUUGAUAUCAAGGAAGUUGCAGCCACGUCGGCACGAGAACCGGAAAAGAGGGCUGGGCUACGGAAUCGAGAUUCUAGCACUUCGUUCCGCUCAUCGAAGUCAGAUGGCCAGCGAGCACGCGUGCGGUCCAGCUCCGUCCCUAGACCGCGGCGAUCGAGAUCAACUCCGCGCAAACGCUCACCAUUGACCAACUCGGUCAAGCCGCCUACUGUGGAAGAAGACCUGAAACAAAUCCACCUGAGCAACAACAUCGAUGACUCUACGCUCGACGACUUCGCUGAUUUCAUAGCUUCAUCUAGAGACCCCGAUGAAGUCAACCAAAACCUGGGCCGUGGGUUGUCCGAUUCCGAAGAUACGGACGGCUUGCCUUACGACAAGCAAUUGAAGAGGAUGAAUCACAUGAGUAAGGCCUUGAGCACAGGCCUUGCUGGUAUUCGACAGGCUAAACAGGGAAUUGAGCGUCUUGAAGAUCGGGUUGCACAAUCCGAGCAAGCUCAUGAAUCUGUUAAGGACCAGACUUCAGGCCACACCGCCAUGAGCCAUCACUUUCACAACUCUCACGAUGGGGCUUGCCCCCAGUGUGAUGCGAUUCAACACAGCAGUAGCACGUUAGCUUAUGUGCCUCUACCUGUGCCCAGAUUGUAUCGCACUGAGCCCAGAGUCAGGCCCACCUGGCUUGGUAUCCUAGUGCUCCUGCUGACGUCCUGGUAUUUCCUGGAGAAUGCCUUCUACGAGCGCUGGGGAAGGCAGUAUGUUUGCUACCGGGGUUCGCCAUGCAACUGGUCCCCAGAUCAGCCCGACUACGGCUACGUACUGCCUGUCAAGCUCGAUGAGUGGCUCACUGGUGGCAUGGUCCGUCCGCAUGCGGCUCACUGGUUGGACGAAGCCUCAGACCUACUCGCGGACGUCGAGGACUGGUGGACAGGCACAGACAUUCGCAACGUCGACUUUCGGACUAUCUCAGAUUAUGCCAGGAGAGAGCAGCACUUCCGACGCAUUGACAAGAAGGGAUUGCGGCCAAAGUGGAAACCUAGACCUGAAUUCAGGGCUGCGUUUGAGGCUUUGGAGCGGGAGGCGCUGGCGAUGGAAGAGGCCGAGGCUUACGGCGAGACAUACCGUGGGCCACAUGGCAGCCCUACGGAGGAGAGCAUGGGUAAAGACGACGUUCUUUCCAGAGCCUCGGAUAACCAGGAGCCGGCACGGACGAUUUGGUUCUGA